CGGCGAACCCGAAACACCAGACACAACGGCGCUGCCGGGUGACGCUUCGGGCAUGCAACCAGAUGGUUUGCCGCUGCUGGAGCCAUGCCAGAGCCCGAUAGAAGGUCGAUGUUCGACAGCGAGGAGACCUUCCAUGACUUGCUGCUGCAGGUCCGCGAGGCGGAGGGCGCCAGCGAGUUGCGGAGCUGCCAGCUGCGGUUCCGGCCCGUGGGCAUCGAGCUCUUCCAGGACGAAAGGCAGCAGUGGUUCGUUCCCUGGGAGGCCAUGCCCGAGGCGGAGGCCAUGCCCGAGACCGGUAUAGGCACGCACCCAUUUGGGCUGCAGCUGCGUGCGCGCUUCUCCUUCGGCUUCAAAGGCUGCGCUGGCCGCUUCGUGCUGGCGGCGCGGCAACGGGAGGUGCUGGAGCUGUUGGCCAGCAAGGUGGCCCGGGGCAGUGCCUCCGCCACCGGGGCGCUGGAGGUCUUGUCCCAGGGCGACUUCUCGGAGGCGACGCCCUCGGAGCUGUCGCGGUCCCCGGUGGCGCGCGCGCCCAGCGACCUGCCGACGCCCCGGGCGCCGCCCAGCUUCCAGGAGGUGGCGAGCAACGCCUCCAAGAGCGGCCUUCCGCUGAAGCAGCUGCCGCCGGAGCUGGUGGCAGCCUUGUUGGAGGAGCCGAAGGUGCCAGAGCCGCUGGCGCUGGCGACUUGUUGGCUGCUGCUGCCCCCCGUGUGCCCCACCUUCCACCGCUGCUCCGUGUGCGUGGACAAGCUGGGCCUGUCGGUGCAGCCGCUGUCCAGCUCGCGGAGUGGCCCCAAGCAGAUCCCCACGGAGUCGCUCAGCUUCCCGCUCUCCGCGAUCCUGGAGGUGGACGAGGUGCCGGCGCCCCUCCCUUCGCCGGGCGGGAGCGCCGAGGCGCCGCGGGGCGUGCUGCGGCGCCUGGCGCCGCUGGCGCGCUGCGCCUUCCGCCGGCCGCAGCCGCAGCCGCCGCCGGGCGCGCGCUUUGUGGAGCUCAGCGUCUCCGCCGGGGUGGCCGGCAAGGCCGCCGGCCAGGAGCGCUUGCCUCCCUGCAUGCGCCUGCGUGACACGCGCCCGGCCAUCAAGCUUUUCCUGGGUGUCCAGGAUCAGCAGGAGGCGCUGCGGCUGCUUGCGGCGGUGCUGUCCUUCAAGUCGUACCAGGCCUCCGCUGCGACCGCCAGCAUCCUCUACAAGCUGCGGGCAAGGCCGGCUCAGGCCCAGCCGCAGGCGCAGGAGGAGGCUGCUUCCUCGCCAUCGGCGAGGCCCAGGAUAGUCAUCAACGACGACGGGGAAGUCUUCUGGUACGUCCCGCGCCAGGAAGGGCCGCAGGCUCCUUCCCCGCAGGAGCCGGUGACCUUGCCGCCGUCCACUCCCCCGGAGCUGCAGGAGCACUUCGCCCGGCUGGUGCAAGAGAGGCGGGAGCUGAAGGACUACGCGGAGCGCGUCACCCGGGAGCUGCGCAGGUACCAGCAAUCUCGGCCGCAGCCGGCAGCCAGCCCGGAUGACGAUCUUCCGCUGCCGCCUUGGGCCGCCAAUAUGCAGAUGAUGUCUCCGCUCCUCUUCGCCUAUGAGGAGCGCAUCGCCGAGCUUGAGGCGGUCAUCGAGCGCUCCGUCAGCCUAGCGGAGCAGGCUCAGCUCUUGGCCAAGGAGAACGACCAGCUGCGCUCCGAGCUCCACGACCGCACGGAGCAGCUCCGCAACGCGCAGCUGCUGGGCACGGCCGCAGGAGAGGCACAGACUUUGGAUGCCAAGGACCAGCAGGAAGAGAUCCAGGAGUUGUACCGUCUCAGCGUGGAGCAGAACGAGGCGCUGGCGCAGCAGAACCAGCUGCUGAAGCUGCAGCUGGAGCGCAUGCAGCAGACACUUGCUUCUGGCCGACAACAAGCACAGGAGGUCUAUGCCAAAGCGCAUGAGAACCAUAGCGCGCUCUCGGAAGAGAGACAGCGAGCAGAGGUCCUAGCACGUCAGCGGGCCGCUGCCGAACAGAAGUUGGAGGAGGUGACCAGCGAGCUCUUGGAGCAGGUGAACCAGCGGGACGCCGUGGAAGCGGAGAUCGAAGUCCUCCGGCACGAGCUGGAUGUGCAGAAGCAGACCGCGGAGAUCAACCAGAAGUCCUUUCAAGAGAGGUGCGCGCUGGCCAUGGACGAGGAGGAGCGCCUGAAGGCCGAGCUAGCGCGGACCACCAAGAGCGAGCGUGAGUACCGGCGGCAAGCCUUAGAGGCCCAACAGAAUGGAGAUGAGGCCACGGAGCAGCUGCACUUGGCGCGGAAGGAGCUGGAGGCCUCCAAGCAGACGGCCGAGGAGUUCUUGCAGAGCACGGAGACGCUUCAGCGCCGGCUGCUGGACAUCAAGGACAUGUACGAGGACAAGAAAGCCACGCUGGCCGACACGGAGGCGAGGUUGGCGGAGCUGCAGAUCGAGAGGGACCGCUGGACCAGCACUGAGGAGGCCAGCAAGCGGCAGGCGGAGCGAACCGAGGCUCGGCUGCGGGAAGAGAUCCACGCGCUGAAGCUGGAGAAGGAGCAGGAGGUCGCCAGUUGCAAAGGCUCGCAGCAGAGGUUGAUGGAGGAAUUGAAGAAGAGGCUUCGCACCAGCGAGCAGAAGGCCUCGGAGGCCGAGGCCAAGGCGGGGCUUUACGAGAAGCAGCGCGAGUGGGAGGCCACAGCUUUGGAGCGGCAGAGCGCCUCCCACCGAGAGGAAUGCGAACGCCUACGUGCUGAUUGCGAUGAGGCGCAGCAGGCACGUCUUCGGCUUGACCGCCAAGUCACCGAGCUGCAGCAACAGAUCGCCCGCGUGCAGAGCAAGUUGGAGGCCAGCGCCGGGGAGGCCAAGGAGCAGCUCUCCCGGGCCGCGGCGGAGCAGGCGAGCCUGCGGUCACAGCUCCAGGCGUGCGAGCAGCGCUGGCACCAGGCCCAGGAGGAGCUGCGCGUGACCAGCAUCCGGGCUCAAGGCGCCGAGGAGACCCUCACCAAGACGCAGGCGGAGCUUCAGGAGGAGCGGCUCAGGGCCAGCAGCAGCCUGGAGUCCACGAAGCGCCAUGCGGACGCGGAGUGCCGGAAGCUGCAGCGCCAGCUGAAGGCGACGCUUUCGGUCGACGCGGUCAACGGUCGACGCUUUCGGUCGAAGUCCUUGCUUGAUUUCGGCCGGGAACUGCGGCACCGUUGA